GUGGGGAAUAUCCCGUACGAAGCCACAGAGGAGCAGCUGAAGGACAUUUUCUCAGAGGUUGGGCCCGUGGUCAGCUUUAGCGCUCCUGUGUGGUGUACCCCAAAAGCUCCCUCCCAACUGAUGGGGAGCUGUGGGCACUGCGCACUGCUCGAUGCCUGCGCUGCCCUCAGCCGUGGUGGUUCUCUCCUCCUCGCUGUGCAGGCUGGUGUAUGACAGGGAGACGGGAAAGCCGAAGGGCUAUGGCUUCUGUGAGUACCAAGACCAGGAGACGGCCCUCAGUGCCAUGCGGAACCUGAACGGGCGAGAGUUCAGCGGGAGGGCCCUGCGCGUCGACAAUGCGGCCAGUGAGAAGAACAAGGAGGAGCUGAAGAGCUUGGGCACAGGCGCACCCAUCAUAGAGUCACCUUACGGGGACCCUGUCAAUCCUGAAGAUGCCCCCGAGUCCAUCAGCCGAGCAGUAGCCAGCCUGCCACCCGAGCAGAUGUUUGAGCUGAUGAAGCAGAUGAAGUUGUGCGUCCAGAACAGCCCUCAGGAAGCCAGGAACAUGCUGCUCCAGAACCCCCAGCUGGCUUACGCCCUGCUGCAGGCCCAGGUCGUCAUGAGGAUCGUCGACCCGGAGAUUGCGCUGAAAAUCCUUCAUCGCCAGACCAGCGUUCCUCCUCUGAUCCCAGGCAACCAGCAGCCAGUGCCAGGGCCAGGGCCUGGACCAGGACCGGGGCCUGGGCCAGGGCCAAAUGCCCAGCUGAACCCGCAGAAUACCCCCUCGUCCCAGCCACAGCCCAUAGGUGGGAUGCACGUAAACGGCGCUCCUCCUCUGAUGCAGCCGCCCAUGCAGGGAGGAGUGCCGGCCCCAGGACAGAUGGCAGCCCCUGUACAGGGCCCAGGCCCCGGCCCCAUGGCUCCUGGAGGUGGGAUGCAGCCGCAGGUGGGGAUGCCGGGUGGAGGGCCUGUCCCCUUGGAGCGUGGACAAGUGCCCAUGCCAGACCCGAGGGCCCCUAUGCAGCGUGGACCUCUACCUGCUAGUGGCCCGCCGCCCCGAGGCCUUUUGGGAGAUGCCCCGAAUGACCCUCGCGGAGGGACCCUGCUCUCAGUCACUGGAGAAGUGGAGCCCAGAGGUUACCUUGGGCCGCCCCACCAGGGAGCCCCUAUGCACCAUAUGCCUGGUCAUGACAGCCGUGGCCCCCCCCAUGAGAUGAGGGGGGGACCCAUGGGAGAACCCCGACCACUGAUGGGAGAGCCGCGGGGGCCCUUGAUGGAUGCUCGAGUCGGAAGAGAUCCCCGAGGGCUGGAGCCGCGAGGAUUGGAGCCACGAGGGCUGGAGCCCCGGGUGAUGGAGGCACGAGCUCUGGAGGCACGAGGCCUGGAGCCACGGGUCCUGGAGCCGCGAGUGCUGGAAGCCAGGGCCAUGGAGGCCAGGGUCAUGGAGCCCCGGGGCCUGGAGCCUCGAGGGCCUGGUCCCAACCCACGUGGCCCUAUGCCUGGUGGGAUACAGGGUCCUGGGCCACUUAACAUGGGAGCCAGUGGCCCACAGGGGCCCCGCCAGGUUCCUAACAUGGCAGGGGCAGGCAUGCAGGGAGGAGGCAUUCCGGGGGCAGGGGUCCAAGGAGCUGGUCAGCCUGGAGGCUUUAGCCCUGGACAGAGCCAGGUCACCCCCCAGGAUCACGAGAAGGCAGCCCUGAUCAUGCAGGUUCUGCAGCUGACGGCAGACCAGAUUGCCAUGCUGCCUCCGGAGCAACGGCAGAGCAUCCUUAUUCUAAAGGAGCAAAUCCAAAAGUCCACGGGAGCACCCUGACAGCCCUGGAGAUGCCAUCCACCUGGACAGAGGCGACGGUCCGUGGCAGCUGCUUCCCGUUGCUGUCUGAGCUGAUGCUGCGUUUUGGGAGAGGUUUCUCCUCCGCCCCCCAAUG